AUGCCAUGUUUCAAAAUCAUCUCCCAUUAUGACAUUUCCAAUUACAUUUCAUACAAUCACAUUUCAUCUGCACAUCAUGCAUAUAUUGCUGCCAUCACCACUACAUCUGAUCCUGUGACAUUCAAAGAAGCCACUUCUCAUCCUAAUUGGAUUCAAGCCAUGGAUAAUGAGCUCAAGGCACUCACUUUGAACAAAACAUGGAUUUUAGCCACACUUCCUCAAGGUAAUAAUCUUCACAUAAUCAACCAAACGAAACACUUGUUGCACCAGCAUUUCAAGCUAAAAGACCUAGGAUCAUUGAAGUACUUCCUGGGCCUGAAAAUUGCAAGGAACAGCAAAGGAAUCAACAUCAACCAGAGGAAAUAUACUCUAGACUUGCUUUCCACAAUAGGACUGCUUGCUUGCAAACCGUCUAAGACACCCAUGGCUCGUGACACAAGACUGGCUGCAGAUAAAGGCACACCUAUGACUGAAGUAACAAAAUUCAGGAAACUUAUUGGUCAAUUAAUCUACCUUUUCAGCACACGACCAGACAUUGCAUAUGUUGUCCAACAGUUAAGCCAACAUAUUGAAUCUCCUACUAACAUCCAUUAUGAAGCUGCUUUACGUGUCCUACGGUAUCUCAAGGUUGCACCUGCUCAAGGCUUGUUCUUCCCCAACAACCAUCCCUUACAAAUCAAAGCUUUUUCAGAUUCUGACUGGGCCACCUGCCCUGAUACACGCAGAUCCAUCACUGGCUACUGCAUUUUUCAAUGGAUUCACAAUCUUCUCAAAGACAUCAACAUUCCCUUCCACACACCUGCCACUCUGUACUGUGAUAACGCAUCAGCCAGACAUAUUGCCACCAAUUCAUCCUUCCAUGAGAGAACAAAGCACAUAGACCUCGACUGGCAUCUAGUUCGAGAAAAGCUACAACAACGACUGUUUCUUCUUCUACCUGUCACCUCUAACCAACAACUUGCCGACGUUUUUACAAAAUUGUUGGAUACAACACCAUUUAUGGACAAUGUUACUAAGUUAGGACUUCAUUCCAUUUAUUCCUAG